AUGAGCUUCCCCGCAGGACCGGAACUGGGCCCUCCCACUCGCCCAGCGACCGCAGGAGCAAGACCGGAUCCCGCGGGUGUCCGAUCUGCAGCGCGCGUGGCUACGGCUGCUGCUGCUCAGCUCUGGGCUGCCGGCCGACCCCGCAGACUUCGCUGCCCCGCCAUUCGGCGCUGCCUGGCAACUUUGCUGGCGGGCCGCGAUGGCGACAUGCCGCUGCCAGACACCAAUUACCGCCGCGCCCGACUCGCACUGAGCAUGGGACGCUUGGGGCUUGGAUCUGCGACUACGUCACGCGGUCUCAGCCGGGUCUCCUCGCCACCCUCCUCCGGCGACCGGCACCCCCGCCACCCUCCCGCACGCGAGCAGCAGAGCAGCCUGCCUGCUUCCUGCGCUCAGAAGGCCUCUCAGUUUUUUGUGCUGGGCAAGACUGCUGGAAUUAGAUGCUGCGGCACCUGCUGGCGCGAUUACAGGGCGACGAGGAUGGGAGACAUGGAACCUGUGGACAGUGAUCCGGAUCUUUUGGCGUCCUAUGUCAACUUGAAGUCGCUGGUGCCGGGCGUCGCUGAAGCGAUUGACGAGGAUUCAGAAGUGCCACGCCUACCACCGGCUUGCGCGCAAGGCUUCUUGUCGAAUGGCCUUACGUAUUUCGUUAUGCAGAACCAUGAACCCAAGUCACGCGCGGAGCUCUUCUUGGUUGUCGGUUUCGGGUCGUUGGUGGAAGAUGACGAGGAGCGUGGCAUCGCCCACAUCAUCGAGCACUUGGGGUUUUCCGCCACCAAAGCAUACGAAAAUCAUGCCAUCGUGAAGUUCUUGGAAUCCAUUGGGGCACCCUUUGGUGCAUGUCAGAAUGCAUACACCAGUUUUGACCGGACGGUGUACACGCUUCACGUGCCCACCGACAAAGACGGUAUACUGGAAGAGUCCCUGAAGCUCGACACGCACCUCGUGUAUGCACACU